CCGAGAGCGACACACCGCAUGCUUACCUGCGAAAAAACGGGUGCCGCAGAGCCAGCGAAUGCCAAGAAAAGAGGAACCAGUGCCAGAAAGGGGAAGGAAAACGGCUUGUUGUCUUGUUGUGUGCGGAUUUCCGUGAUAACGUGCCAAUCGAGCUCUCGAGCACUUCUAUGGAAUCCCCUGUGUGCCGAAAAAAACACCAGACACUGACAAACGAAGCGCGGGAUAAGAACUGCCGUCGUCGGUACUCGGACACACUGUCGUUGUUUUCGGUGACUUUGGGCUAACAGGAAAUGAAAGAUUCCUGAGCGAUGCAUCGUUUUCGGCUGCAAGUACGUAUCUAGACCUGUAGACGAAUACAUCUGUCUACAUAUACCUGUGUACCGGUGUACAGAGAGAUACACUUACCCAUAUGCAUGUAGGUGUGGAUGUAAAUACGCAUGCACAUGCAUACGGGCCGGUGCUUGGACAGAAACGGUCACAUUAAUCAGCUGUCGUGUGUCGAGACGUCAGUGUUGUGUGUCUCGACAUGCCUUUACGAAUCUGUUAUCUGUUGAUAAACUGUAGUCCAUCGGUGCCGUUAGGUCAGCGCGGCCUUUUGUGCUUGGUCUGUCCACUUCUGGCGGCCUCAAGUGUAUCUGCGUUCUGGUGUCGACACGUGCGUCCACGCUUUUCACGUUUUACUUGAGUAUGGCGCCUCUAUUAUGAAAAUCAGUACUAUUGUUUCAGCCUCUGUAUGAGGGGAGAGAGUGUCACCCAUAACUCCCCGUGGCUCUGUUCUGCCAAGUUACUCGCACCGAGUUGUCAGGUGUUUCUUCUUCGGCAACGAAGCUCGCGAGGGUUCAGGAGAGAGAGAAAAGGAUCGGAGGGAGGAGAAGGACAGUAAAAGGAGGAAGAGAGGCAAGGGACAACAAUGCCGCUCUGUGGGCUACGACCCUCUCUGAGACCGAGUGUUUUCUACGUUCUUCCUCGCUAACUGGAAGACACAAAAGAUGCCUCGCUUUCGUCUACCUUCCAUCUCCGUUACAGGUCCUAGUUCUCUGUCGACUAGGCCCUCUUCCUCUUACGUCUCCUCUCCGUCCUCUCCUCUAUCUUCUCUUGUUCCUGAAGCUGGAAGGUCCGCAGUUGCCGACUCCGGUCGACGCUCCUUCCUCCCCAACCCUCUCGUGCAUUUGGAUAUUUCCAUAGGAGGCCGAGAUGCAGGCCGCAUGGUGUUUCAGUUGUUUGCAGACACGCACCCGAUAACGGCCGAGAACUUCCGGUGUCUCUGCACAGGAGAGACUGGCCUCGGCUAUUGGAUGCGCCCGCGCUGGUACAAGAGCACGCCUUUCCACAGAAUCGUCCCUGGCUUUAUGUGCCAGGGCGGAGAUAUUCACCGGGGCGACGGCAGGGGUGGAGAAUGCAUUUAUGGGCAGUUCUUUCGUGAUGAACGAUUUCUCUACAAGCAUUCGAAACGAGGUCUGUUAUCAAUGGCCAAGGCGCGGAGACAGCACACCAACAACAGUCAAUUUUUCAUCACAUUCGACGCGUGUCCGUGGCUAGAUGGCGAGCACGUUGUGUUCGGUCAGCUUCAGUCUGGCGCAGAAGUUUUGGACCAGAUUGAAGAACAAGGUACCCCCGGGGGAUGGAGGAAGAGGCCAGUGGAAAUAUGGAACUGCGGGGAGUUGCUUCUGAACACGUUACGCGAGAUCCCACGAGAGGCACCAGCGGCAGUCCGGCACCAAGAAAUGCUCAAGGACCUUAUCAUUGACGCUACAGAGCGACCAGAGAAGCUGUACGAGCCGAGCGAACAAGUCAUUCCGAUCCCAGAUGAUGUGUACAUUAAAGCUCGACGAGGUUUUUGAGGCCUUCGACGUCAGUAUCACCUCAAGAAGGCAGAGCGAGGAGGGUAUGAAAGUCAUUAUGUCCAUCCUCACGUCAAACAGAUGUUUUCCGGGGAACAGUGUUGGCGUACAGGAACUGUGACGCACUUCACUUUCGCAUACAACGAAGCUUGACGAGGCACCGUGGGUAAUCUUCUUCUGUGUAAGUACAGGGCGUCAACGGCUGAUUUAAUAAUACAUGUCGUUUCCGUCCAGAACUCUUCCCGUGUGUCUUCUUGCGGAAGGAAACCUUCAACCAGAGUAGCACUUCAUCAGCACUGCUGCUUGCGGGUUCUCGUAACGGAUAGUAGCACUACGUCUGUUAUUCACAUGAAGAUGCACCCGAGGAGCAGGUCCGACGUAGGAGCGACAGUCAUUCGAGAGGCUAACACGGUGUCUCUAUACCAUCUCAAGCGGG